AUGACAGUGACUCCGUUCAAAGCGAAGGCCGAGGAACGUGCCAAGUUGACAAAGAAGGAUGAAGAGAAGGAGGAUGUAGAGCGUCCUGCCAAGCGCAUGUGCAGCCAGUAUGAGAAGCAAAUGGCCAAGAUGUCGGGCGGUGAUUUGCAAACUGAUCUCUUGGAAUAUGUGGCUUCCUACCGUGGUGAGCAGGCGUCCCCUGGUCAACACCCUGCAGCAUUGGUGACCGAGAUCUUUGCUAGUGACAGUGAUGACCACAAUACGCUUCACUGCCAACAGCUGGAGGGUUGGUACCAUGACUACGCCAAACUUCGCAACAUGACCUACCUCUUCAAGAAACCGGAUUCUGUGGUGGUGGAUCCAUCGAUGGAUGGAGAGACCAUCAAGGUUCCAAUCACCUGCCUCAAGUUCUGCCCUCCAGAAGACGGCUUCCCAGCGCCCAGCACCUUGCAGCUUGCAUUGCGAUUUUCACGGGUGCUGGAAAUCUAUGAGCAUGAUGGAAGGCAUCACGCAGAUAUGACCACAGAGCAACGAUUGCAAGAUGUCGUCACAGAGUUCAACCAGUCAUCUGGUCUUCAGGCAAAGCACCGAAUUGAAGGCGAUCGGCUUGGUGCAGUUUAUAACCUUUUGACUGGCACAACAGAUGAAUCCCGUGAGAUCAUCCGGGCCCACCUGGACGCCCACAAGUGGGCCUACUGUGCUUUUAGUACUGAACAAUUCAAGGGGGCCAGAUGGAUGCUUACAGCAAGCCCAAAGGCUUCAUCAUGCCCACCAGAGCUGCGCAAGUGCCUCACUGUCACGGCCCACAGUCAGUGUCUUCAUCUGAGACUCGUCAUCAAGAUGUUCCUCGACCAGGGCCGCCGCCUUCGACCUUCAGCGCGGGCCAGGGCUCGGCUGAGCUCUGGCCAUUUUGACCAGAUUUGCGACUUCGCUUGUGUGUUCUCCCAUGUUUGGCAAGAAGCUCGCCUUCUAGCAAGCUGGAAUGAGGAGAAGGAUCAAGCCAUGGAGAAAGCUUUCUUCAUGCGGAUUCUUGGUUUUCCUUUGUUCAAGAUGCUUUGCGAGACCUUCAUGGAGAAGCAAUGCAGAAUCAGUUUGGUCACCAAGAAGGAUGGCUUUGACACUGGCUUGGAUAGCUUCAUCCGCUCAGCAGCUGCUAGCCACAAGGUCACUCCAACGGAUGUGGAUUGCAUCCUGUACUUCGAUUGCACGAAGCUGGGGGUGCUGAGCCAGGCAGAGAUCAAUUUGAUCGGUGACUAUGCAGAGAAGACCUUGUUCCGGAACAUCCAGCGCCUGAUGCUAAGAUCUGUGCUGGUCUUGCUUCCGCCUUUGCUUUGUGGCAGCGAGAGUGGGGGAUCCCUCCGUGGAGACUACAGGUUUUGCACCAGCCAGUUGUGGUUGCGGCAGAGCCUGAACUCAGAGUCCUUCCCCAAAGCUCUGGAUGAACGAAGCUUUGUAGUGCCGGGGGAGGCCUUUUUGUCGCACGACACGCGAAGGUCCCUCACGGACCUUCAAGAAACCGCUCAAUGGUUGGGUGGUGCUGCUGUUUGCCAAUCCAUCUUGGAGUCACUGACAGGUGGCAGGAAGAACUUUCAUGCUGCAGUGGUGUUGCAUCCAACUCUGUAUGAUGGAUGUGUUGAGAUAGCUAGUGUCCGUGCUGGCUUCAGUGUUCUGUCAUCAUCCGGGCAGCCAACCAACCACAACUGUGGCAAGGAGAUUGUGAAGACCCACCUGCUGGAGGCUUGGAAGGCUGGCCGCCCGCCCAUGGACAAGGCCACACCACGCUACAAGCCUACUGUGUGGAGGCUGCGUUUCUGGGCGAAUGAGAAGUGCAUUGCGCCGGCAAAGCCGCUUUACCAUUUGCCUUGCGACCUUGAGCUUGCCAAGGGAUCCUGCAAGCGUCUUGUGUGA